UUUGUGACCGCGAGUGAUCCUUUUUUUUAAGGACCAGUACUGAAAAUAAAUAGAUACAAAAAUGAGAGUUGGCCCUUCGUGACCGGAUUCGGAUAUAAACAACCUUAUAGUGCUUUUACGGUGUUUUUUAUAUGAAAACUGUGCGACGAAGUUUUUGAAAUGUUUUGUGAAAGGGUGGUGCUGAAGAUGUCGGUAUAGGGGGCGGCCAGGGUUGGCCUUUUAAGGCCAUGCUUAAUAACCUCACGGCAACAGCUUUAGGAGGUCACAAGGAGUGCGGCGACAGCAAGCUCGAGCUUGAGCUGAAGCCGAGCCUGGAGCGGCACCAUGCGCCCGGCGGCGGAGCACGCCUGCUUGCGCACUCCAUCCGAGCCGACCACCUGCAAGGCGGCCUCCACCAGCAGCACGGCGGGCACAUGUCCGUGCCGGUCGGUAUGUCGUCCUCCGCCUCCGACAGCGACAAGCCUGCCAAGCAGAAGAGGCACCGGACCAGGUUCACCCCGGCGCAACUGAACGAGCUGGAGCGCUGCUUCACGAAGACGCACUACCCCGACAUCUUCAUGAGGGAGGAGAUCGCAAUGCGCAUCGGGCUGACGGAGAGCAGGGUGCAGGUGUGGUUUCAAAACCGGCGCGCCAAGUGGAAGAAGCGCAAGAAGAGCACCAACGUGUUCCGCUCCCCCGGCUCGCUGCUGCCCUCGCACGGCCUGCCGCCCUUCGGCGGAGACGUGUGCGGGCCCGGCGUGUUCGGCGACCGGCCCUGGUCCAUGCCGGCAGGUCUGGGCCAGUUGUCUCAGGGUGGCGUCUCGAUGGGCGGGUUCGGUGCGGGUGGGUUGCCGCAACUCGCCGCCGACCUUAACCCCUCCUUGCCGAUCAGCUCCGUGGGCUCGCAGCCCUACCAGUCGCACUACCCACUCAACUCCCUUGGCGACACCAUGAUGUCGUACUGCAACAACAUCAGCGGGCAGCAGGGCGCGCUGGAAGGGUCGCCCACGCCGCCGCACAUGGGCCACUGCGCCAACAACAACGCCUCGCCCACCACGUCAGGCGGCGCCGGCGAGGGCGGCGAGGAGGAGGUGUGGCGCGGGCACAGCAUCGCAGCGCUUCGGCGGCGCGCGUCCGAGCUGUCGGCCGCCAUCCCGCCCUACCUGCAGCUCAACUACGACGCGCACAGCCCCGUGUACUGA